UCAAAAAAUAUUCCGUAGUUUGGACCGGAGGCGGCAGAGAGAGAGAGAGAGAGAGAGAGAGAGAGAGAGAGAUAGGGAGAGAGCAUGUGAGCCGGUCGUCUCCUCUCCUCGUCCUCCUCCUUCGUCUCCAUCCGAAACCCUAGAAUCGACGAGAUCAAAGAGAUCGAGAGAGAGAGAGAGAGAGAGAGAGAGAGAGAGCUCGUCUUGUUCCUGUCGAUCGCCUCACCACUCUCGCCAUGUCCUCCAAGUCCGGGAGAGCGAGCAUCUCCCCAUUCCGAUCGCGCAAGACCCCCACCCCUCCCCCCUCCAAGGCCCCCGGAGCUCGACCCACCACCCCUUCCUCCGCCUCCUCCGGCGCCGCUCGGCCCGCGACCCCGUCCUCCUUAGCGUCGGCGCGGCCGACGACCCCCUCGUCCGCUUCGUCCUCCGCGGCGACGCGGCCCGCGAGGCCGUCUCCGGUCUCUGCGGCUCCCAUUAGCCCUACUUCGUCUCAGCUCUCCGAGCGCCCCCCCGAUCUCGCCAAGUCCAAGGAGAACGUCACCGUCACCGUCCGGUUUCGGCCUCUUAGCGCGAGAGAGAUCAACAAAGGCGACGAGGUCGCGUGGUAUGCCGAUGGGGAUUAUACCGUGCGCAAUGAGUACAAUCUGUCGAUUGCUUACGGUUUCGAUAAAGUGUUUGGCCCGGCAACUACAACUCGUCAUGUUUACGAUGUAGCUGCUCAGCAUGUUGUAAGCAGUGCAAUGGAAGGAAUCAAUGGUACUGUUUUUGCCUAUGGUGUUACUAGUAGUGGCAAAACUCAUACCAUGCACGGUGAGCAAAAGUCCCCUGGAAUUAUUCCAUUGGCGGUGAAGGAUGUCUUCAGCAUUAUCCAAGAUACGCCUGGCCGAGAAUUUCUUUUGCGUGUUUCUUACCUUGAAAUAUACAAUGAGGUUAUUAAUGAUUUGCUUGACCCAACAGGACAGAACCUUAGAAUAAGGGAGGAUUCACAGGGAACAUAUGUCGAGGGAAUCAAAGAAGAGGUGGUUCUAUCUCCUGCCCAUGCUCUUUCCUUAAUAGCAUCUGGUGAAGAGCACAGACAUGUGGGUUCUAAUAACUUCAAUCUAGUCAGUAGCAGGAGUCACACUAUAUUCACAUUGACUAUUGAGAGUAGCCCUUCUGGUGAAAAUGAAGAUGAGGAAGAAGUUAGACUAUCUCAGUUGAACUUGAUUGAUCUAGCUGGGUCAGAAAGUUCCAAGACUGAAACAACAGGGUUGAGACGGAAGGAAGGUUCAUACAUAAACAAAAGUUUACUUACUCUUGGGACUGUUAUUUCUAAACUCACAGAUGGCAAGGCUACUCAUAUUCCAUACAGAGAUUCAAAACUCACCCGCUUACUGCAGUCGUCUCUUAGUGGUCAUGGACGCAUUUCUCUUAUCUGCACGGUUACUCCUGCCUCUAGCAAUAGUGAGGAAACGCAUAAUACACUCAAAUUUGCACACAAAUGCAAGCAUGUUGAAAUUAAAGCUUCUCAAAAUAAGAUAAUAGAUGAGAAGUCUCUUAUAAAGAAGUACCAGAGAGAGAUUUCCUGCCUAAAACAAGAGCUGCAGCAAUUAAAACGUGGCAUGAUGGAACAUCCCAACUUUGUUGCUUCCAGUCAAGAGGAUCUUGUCAACCUAAAACUUAAGCUUGAAGCUGGCCAAGUCAAGUUACAGUCAAGAUUGGAAGAGGAGGAGGAAGCAAAAGCAGCCCUGAUGGGUCGGAUUCAGCGGCUGACUAAACUAAUCUUAGUAUCCACCAAGAAUUCUAUGCCAUCAAACAUUUCAGAGAAGGCUGGUCAUAGACGAAGGCAUUCUUUUGGGGAAGAUGAGCUUGCUUAUUUGCCUGAUCGUAAGAGGGAGUACACGAUUGAGGAUGAUGAUGUUGGCAGUCUUGAUUCCGACUUCUCAGCAGGAAGAAUUGAUGGAAGCGGCAUAGAUGAGCCAAUCAGGUUUGAUAAAAGGAAUCGUAGGCGUGGAAUGCUUGGUUGGUUCAAACUAAGGAAACCAGAUCAAUUUCCUGGACUCUCACCUGGUGCUGAUAGUGAGAGCACCGCAAGUGGGUCCCCUUCGUGUUCUCAACAAUCACAACAGAAACAUAUAUCAUUUGAUCUGAAGGAUGGGAGGAGGAAGUCCGUAAGUAGAAAGAGUGACGAUCCUUCCGUGCUUAUUGACUCCUUCCGAGAAAGGACACAAGCAGGUGAUCUAUUUAGCACCGCCACAAAAGGACGCCGUCUUCCGCCGACUGGAACAACUAUCAUUGAUCAAAUGGAUCUUCUUCGCGAGCAGGUGAAAAUGCUAGCUGGUGAAGUUGCACUAUGUACAAGCUCUCUUAAGAGACUGUCAGAACAAGUGGUGAACAACCCCGACGACCAACAAAUUCAGGAACAAAUGCAGAAGCUAAAGAAUGAAAUUGCUGAAAAGAAAUUACAGAUGCGUGUCCUUGAGCAGCGGAUGGCAGGAUCUUUUGAGGAAUCGUCGGAUAGUAUAGAAAUGUCUCAGACUCUAUCAAAGUUGACUACCCAGUUAAGUGAGAAGACAUUUGAGCUUGAGAUAAUGUCUGCAGACAAUAGAAUUCUUCAAGACCAGCUACAAGCAAAGAUAUCUGAAAAUGCCGAGCUUCAGGAAACCAUCUCAUUAAUGAGGCAGCAUAUUGGUUCUUAUACUUCUAUCAGUACUCCUAAUCUGACAAAACAUGCUGAUUCAUCUAAGGAAGUUUCUAGCAAUGGAAAUGUACCAUCUAAUGCGAUGAGCCUUCCUUUCAUGUUAUCUAGUGAAGACUCUAAAGAGGCAUCCUUAAAGUCCCAAGUACUCAUGCAGGCGGCGGAGAUUGAGAAUCUGAAACAGGAGAAGGUGAGAUUGGCUGAAGAGAAGGAUGGGCUCGAGAUUCACAGCCAAAAACUGGCUGAAGAAGCUUCCUAUGCCAAGGAAUUGGCUGCGGCUGCUGCAGUUGAACUUCGAAACUUGGCCGAAGAAGUCACGAAACUCUCUUACCAGAAUGCCAAGUUGAGUGGUGAUUUAGUUGCAGCAAAGGAAAUGGCUUCUACUUCUGCUGCUAGAGCUAAUUCACGAUGUGAUGUCUAUUCUAAUAAACCAGACAAUGGGCUUUUGAUAGAGGAAUUGCAGAGAGAGCUGGCUCUAAGGUGCCAGAGAGAAGCUUCUCUAGAAGCCACAUUGUCUGAGAAGGUGCAAAGAGAGGGUGAGCUUCAAAAGAAGAUUGAUGAGGCGAAACAUCGCGAACAGGAUUUGGAGAACGAGCUAGCAAGCAUGUGGGUGCUUGUUGCUAAGAUUAAGAAGAAUGGCAGUAUUCCUCACGAAAAUUUAGUUGAUGGUUUGAGUGAUCACGAACUUCCGUUGAAACAAAAUGGUUUUCACCUAGAUGUUGAUAUGGAUAAAAGGAAGUGUUUGGAAGAAGCAAGAACUGCAUAUGAGUAUGAAAGACGACACUGCAAGGAACUAGAAAGCAUUGUGGCUAGAUUAAGAGGUGAAGACCUUGGUGGCUUAGAUAAUAAUGCUCUUGAAGAGCUUCAAAAUUUUCAUAUAGAAGCAUUAUCAAAGAUUUGCCAAGCAAAGAUGACAAAUCAAGCUCUAUAGUGCUAGUAUCUCCCGGUUGUGAUAAGAGCUUUUCAUUUGCCUUCUAAGCUGAUUUUAAUCCUUACCAUUUGGAUCCUAUGCCUUUUCCUUUUGAUGCUUUGCUGGUUAGCCCUCUUGUACAGUUCUUUUGGCGAAGAGAAAGAGGUGAAACUUAUGGGCAUCGUUUGUCAUUUAGUCUCAGUAUUAAGGAUCAUGUUAGAGUUCUAACUAUGCACCAUUGAAUGAGCCACUUCUAACAAAUAUGGGAGCAGCGGCAGCCGCCACUAUCAAGUUUUCAUGUAUUUAUUUAUACUAUUACAUCCAGCAAGAGGGACAGGAGAUGGACUAGGUUUCUAUGUAAUUUCUUAAAACAAUGUAUUUUUGCAUACAUAAUAUUCAUAGAUGAUACAAAAUCCUGCCCUUAA